CGAUUAGACUGCAUCUUCUCAGCGGAAGGUUAACAACAGUGGUCAUACUUCGUUUCUCGUCAACAUCUUCAAAUAAUGGAUGGAAACGGGAGAAAAUAGGCCACACGUUCGUAUUUUGCAUUGAAUCGAUUGUCUACAUGGAUUUCAUAACUAACCUAGUUAGCUAACUACUUUGGGCAAGAUAGGGUUUUAGUGUAGCUUGAGCCUACCUAGGUCGAGCACACGACUAGCUGGCUAAAAGCGCGAGCCGUUUUCUGCGUAUAACAGGUGCAUCUCUCGCUCGAGCACUGUUGUCUGCUUGGAAUAAUUUCCAAAUCCUUUAUUACACAUCAUUUAUUACAUAUUUGCUACCAAAACAAUCCGUUCAUGUUCGGAAAUGCAUUUUCACUGAUAAAAGGUUGCGUUGCGAUUGACGUUUUGCAAGUGUUUAGCUAGCUAACGUUAUAAUGUUGAAGUCUAAAAAGGAAGCUAGCUAGUUAGCAAUGUCUAGCUUGCGAWUUGUCCACGCGAAUCGGGGSAAGCAGGGCCCACCUUUGUAAUAACAGAUUCUUUUUAUUUUGGUGUAUCUGGACUAUUUCKAGAAUUCAAUGUUAAAUAAUUUAUUCUACUAACAUGACCUAAUUUAGUAGCUAUGUUAGCUGUUUGCCAGUUCUGUGAAUAUAGGGUUAUUGCUAGCUUUAUGAAUAUGAACUUAUUUAAGYAACGUUAGCUACUUCUUUUUAGCGCGCAUAUUUUGCAUACUGGGGGCCUUUAUUUAUUUGACCUAGACUCGUUUAGCUAGCUAGAUAUUUAAUUUAGCUACAUUGUCUCACCCUACAGCUAAUCGUUUGGCUUUCAGACCUGGGAUGUAUUCAUUACGGUAAUUCUGUUGCCAAACGCUUCAUAAACGGAAGYAAAUGGAACGAAACGGGGAGGGACUUGCCCUAAUUUGUCCAGUAGAAUCUCUCGUUUUAGUUGAACGUUUUUCAACCGUUUGGAUUCAUGCUUACACCCCUGAUCGGCUCAAGUAACUAGCUAAAUCAGUUGAGUUCUCUCUAACUCUGUUUUAUUGGCUAUAUUGUCUUACAAUUUGAAUCGCAUGACACUGCUGCUUGGAUUUUAUUUUCACCCCUUUUAAGGUAGCUUACAUACCCCCUAUGUCAAGGUCAACAUUGAUAAGCCUACUUACUACUAGCUAGCUAAAUUACUUGCGCUACUCUGCAACUUGCAGCUAGUUGUUCAAUGGUUGGGGUCUGACUGGUUAACUUCUUAGAGAGGGAUUUGGAACAUCCAGUCAUCUGAGAUUGCAAGGAACUGUAUGGAGCAGACACGGUCUAUAUGGGGAUGAACAGAGCUAUACUAUUCUGACUGCAAAUAUACAUKGCUGACUAACAUGGCUGACUAACUACCUGCCACGGACUCUUCAUGGAUAAUAGAGGAAAACAACAAAGGAAACACAAAAUAAAACCUCAUUAAUUAUCAACAAAGACAUUAAACAUCCAGAAAUAACAACCCACCAUCGUUCCAUCACUUUGAMUUCCAGUACAUGUGGCCUGAAAUAGUCCUAAGAGAGGAGGUGGGGAACACAUAGGCCUACCACWAUGCACUGUAAACAGAGAGGCUGGGACUGUGGAGGUGUAGGAAGAACCAGGCCUCCRGGCAGAACUAUCCCCCUGGUGCUGGGUGUCCUGGUGGCUCUGGUCCAGGGCACUGUACCUGGGAGACCGGAAGUGGAGGGCCUGGGGGAGAUGGUGUUGGUGGACCUGGAAGCCUCCAUGCACUCSUCUGUCCUCUCCGACUUGAAUGCUGCAGCCUCUGUCACAGAGGGACCUUCCAUGGGUAUCCCAGAAUCCCUGGCUGUGGUCAAAGAGGUGGCCCCCGUAGGCAUCCCAGACUCUUCAGCGGUGGUGGGCCAAGGGUUCCAGUUGAGGAUUCCACCCAGGUUGACGAAUGGCAGUUGUAAUGUUCAGUUAACUGAGGUGGGAAAGGACAGCUUACCCUCCUGGCUGCACUGGGACACUGGGAGCUGCAUCCUACAAGGCCUAGCCCUGGAGCAGGACAAAGGUGUCCACCAUAUCUCACACUCUGAGAUAAACAGUGGCCAUGGUCUGGAGGCCUUCUCUAUUGAGGUGCACCUAGAAGAGCGAGCCGACACUGAGCCGGCCCUGUUGGCCCUCCAGGCUGAGAGCAACAACCUCCAGUCCUUCAUCUGYGGCAACGAGGAGCCCGUCACUGUCCUCACCAUCAUCUUGGAUGCUGACCUCACCAAGAUGGACGCCCAGCAGAGGGUAGGCCUGCUGGCCAGCAUGAAGAAGUUUUCCGGUGUCCCUCUGGAGCACAUGAAGGUGGUCCCCGUCGUCAACAACCGCCUGUUCGACAUGUCCGCCUUCAUGGCCGGGCCUGGAAAUGCCAAAAAGGUGGUGGAGAAUGGGGCCCUGUUGUCGUGGAAGCUUGGCUGUGCCCUUGACCAGUCYAACAUUCCGAAUAUCAACAGCGUCCAAUCACCUGCCAAAGACGGGUCCAUGUCGUCCAAGUUAGGCUACCCAGUGGUGGGCUGGCACAUCGUCAACAAGAAGCCCCACUUGGGGAAACGGGUCAGGAGGCAGCUGGGAAACACCCCCACUCCUGUGCCCUCCCUUCUCCCCCCAACCACUCAUCCCGAGCCCCCUACUCGUAUCAUUCCUACCCCCACAUCCCCUUCCAUCUCCUUAGCCACUGACAGCUCUGUCCCCCCUGUCCGUGGCCCCUUGCCCUUGCCGGUGAAGCCCACUAUCAGGCUAAGAGAUCAGAUAGCCCACACUCCUACUAUUGGGGUUCCUCAGCCCACUAGGAUCCUGGGCACCACCAGCACCAUCCUUAUACAGCCUACUAUGACCCAGCCUGCUAUUCCAGAGGCUACUGCUCUGCCCACCCCACCAAGCACCACUAGAAGGCCCAAGACUUCCACCACCAAGAAAACCAAGAAGCCCAAGAUYUCCACUCCAGCGCCUAAGGAACYUACAACCACGACUAAGCCAMCCAGACGCACCACCCAUCUGUCUCCGGUUCCUGACUACAACAACGAGAAGCCCCAGCUACGCAAUCCCAUCGACGAGGUGAAYGCCUGGGUUGGGACCUACUUUGAGGUGAAGAUUCCUCCAGAUACCUUCUUCGACAAAGAGGACGGCACCACAGACAAGCUGCGUCUGACUCUGAGGAAGAACCACAACGAGGCGGUGAGCGAGACCUCCUGGAUCCAGUUCAACAGCACCAUCCAGCUCCUUUACGGUCUCCCAGAGAAAGAACACAUGGGCAAACAUGAGUACUUCAUGCUGGCCACCGACAAGGCAGGCAUGAGCACCAUAGACGCCUUUGAGGUCCAUGUCAACCGUUUGUCAGUCAACGACAAACCCUCUGUCGUUUUUGCUGCCCGUUUCUACGGCGAACCCAAUACACUGACCAACGACGUCCACAAGAAGAUCCUCCUUACUAAGAAGUUGGCGUAUGCACUGGGUGACCGGAACACCAGCACAUUGACCCUGCGGAGCAUCACUAAGGGCUCCAUUGUGGUGGAGUGGACCAACAACAGCCUCCAGCAGAGCCCCUGUCCCAAGGACCAGAUCACUGUCCUCAGCAGAAAGAUCUCAGACCCCCAGGGCAGGCCAACUCUGGCCUUCUCCAAUGCCAUGGAGCCAGACUUCAAACCCAUCAAUAUCUCCGUUCGCGGCACCAACAAGUGCCAUACCUACACGUUUGUGCCCCCAGGAGAGGUGAUUAUCCCUGUUCCCCCUCCAGCCACUCCUUCSCCUGGCACGGGUCGUAGCACCAGUGACGAUGUCUACCUGCACACGGUUAUCCCGGCUGUGGUGGUGGCGGCACUACUGCUGAUCGCCGGCGUCAUCGCAAUGGUCUGCUACCGCAAGAAGCGCAAGGGCAAGAUGAGCAUUGAGGAGCAGGCCACCUUUAUCAAGAAAGGGGUGCCCAUUAUCUUUGCAGAUGAGCUAGACGACUCCAAGUCCCCCCCGUCCUCUAGUAUUCCCCUAAUCCUGCAGGAGGAGAAGCCGCCACUGCCCCCUCCGGAGUACCCCAAYAUGGCUGGCCCUCACAGUACCCUGCUUAACCAGGAUCUCCUGGAGUACUCCAUCUACCAGGAUGAGGACCCCAAUGCACCCCCCUAUCAGCCCCCUCCACCCUUCACUGUCCCCAUUGAGGGGAAAGGGUCCCGCCCCAAGAACAUGACAUCAUACAGGUCGCCACCUCCCUACGUUCCUCCGUAACGCUCUCAAAAGCCUGGGCUUUGGGAUGGAUGAGAGCAGUUGUUUGUAUGAAAACAAUUUACGUAGGGAUUUUACACACGUACUGCAGAUUAAGAUGGCUUCGACAUGGACGGAGUAGGCGACCACACCUGUAUAAGUCUACUACUGGCACAGAAAAA